CUGUUGAAUUCAUCGGACAAGAGAGAGAGAGAAGGAAAUCUGUGCCUGCGGAGAGAAGAUUCACAGCCCGGGGCAGGGUGAAAACGAAGAAUUCUGCCUGAGCUUCUUCACUGUGGUGGAAACAAGAAAUGGCUGAUAGUAAUGAAAAUGAUACCUGUAAGACACCAAAUAAUACGUCCACAUAUGAAGUCCUCUCCUGGGUGAUGGCUGGAGAAUUCACUCUGGGACUACCUCUUAAUCUCUCAGUGCUCUACGUCCUCGUUUUCAGGUUCAAAUUCUGGAAGAACAACUGCGUGUUCCUCUUCAACAUUGUGCUCGCUGACUUUUUGCUGGUGGCCUGUCUUCCUGUCAAGAUUCAUCAUUAUCAGAACAACCUGAGGCGCAGUGAGGAUCCCACAGUUUGUGUCUUGAUGCUCUUCAUGCUGUUUCUCAAUCGAGGAGCCAGCAUCGUCUUCCUUAUCACCUUGUCUCUGGACCGCUACUUCAGCGUGGUCCAUCUCGGGAAGAAAAACUGUGUGAAGGUGUUUAAGAAGUCUCCACUGAUCUCUGUGAUUAUAUGGGUGUCCUUACUGCCGUUCACCAUCCCCACGAUGUUAAGCACCUUUGAAUGCUGCAACAGCUGGGGCCGAGUUGUGACCCAUAUAUCUGAAAUGUUGACGGACACCUUCAGAGAGAUCGUCUUCUUCUCUCAAAUCAUCAUCCCCUACAUCAUCCUCAUUUACUGCACCGCUCGCAUCGUCAGCCGACUGCAGAUGAAGACGAUCGGGGAGAAGGCCAAGCUGAGGAGAGCUGUGUUUGCCGUUGUGUCUGUGGUCGUAGUCUUCUCCAUCUGCUUCCUGCCGUGCACAAUAGCCCGGGCGGCUCUGCUGAUUGUGCGGGUGAAAAGAGGAGAAGGAGAAGGAGAGAAAGAAGACAUAGCUACCCAGGUGUACGACGCCCUCAUGGUUUUGUCCUACGCCGACUGCUUGCUGGACCCACUGGUUUACUGCUUCUGCAACUCAGGGUUUAAAGUUGCUUACAUCUCCACUUUCUGCCCGCCGUUUCUCAGAAAGAAACUGCUGGAGUCCGUCUCUGGCCCGUCAACUGCUACAGCUACAACUCUAACCUCAGGAGCUAAAAGUGUUUCUUUACAAAUCCUGGAUAAAUGAUUAUUAAUCAACCUUUCUUAUGCAUCACGGAUUAUAUAUAUGCAGUAUGUCACAAAGACUUGGCAACCGCUGUUCCACCCAUGCAGGUGUUUUCUAAAGAGCAAAGCUUUACACAUAAGGCAACAGAUACUGAUCAUGACCCACAGAUGACCAGAUGGAUCCUCAAUGAAAAUUGUUUCACGUUUAAAGCAACUUUUGACCACUAGGGGAGCUAGCGUCCCUGAAGGGCCCUGGCGUCUCCCUCUGUGUUGAACAGACUGAUGAGGUCAUUGAGUUACUCGUAAAGACAAGGCCACGUUCACCCCUCUAGAUGAUAUCCUACAUCAGAGGAAAAAAAAUGUCUGAUCAGGAAAGUGUCAUAUCUGUUUUGUUGCGUAACAACUGUCAAAAUUCUGUGUUCUAGUUAUUUGUGUAUCUAUUUCUGUCCCAUUUGUGGCUCGCUUUUUAUUAGAUUUUUCUUUAGUAAUCUACUUUAUUUGGUUAUAAAAUCAUGAAAUAUUGCAAUAACAUGUUUGCAAAAAUUUUUUUCAUAAAAAUAAGCUUUGUUACUUGUACAUAGGCUGAAUGUGUGACAGCGAAGUAGCAUCAGUUUGUGAAUCAAUGUUACUGCUUUGUUCGAUAAUCUCAAACUCUGCAGUAACAUUAUAUCAACACUUUAUUACCUUUAGAUUUAGAUCUAACAUAUUACAUUAUAUAAUUAGAUAUUCUGUGUACAACAGGCAAAAAAGAUAAUUUACCUGUGUGAUCAUAAUGAUGCAAAAAGAAAAUGGGUCUUCAAACUCCAACGAGCAAACUCCGUUGCAGAGUCCACUCUUGUUUUUCCUCUGAAGUGAUCCCUGUCUUGCUUUCUUUUCUUGACCACCUCAUAUAUAGUUUUCAUCUUUUUACUUCCCUUGGCCAUGAAAAACUUUGACUUGAAGAUAAGAAAUGUAGAAGCACGGUAAGGUUAGCUCUAGUGUCUAGUGGCUUAGACCGCCGUAAGCGUCCUCUAGGUCACAUGACCCAACGGCGUUCUGGGUCACGUGACGCAAUGGGCAACGGAUCAGACCCUCCCAAAUUACAUAGGCGAGUGCUUGAGAAGGGAAAUAAUUUAAUAUAUCUGAAAUAAAAGCUAUUACAUUUGCUAAAAGUUACGUAGUGUUGCUUUAAGUUGGAGAAAACCAACCUUUGGGUAUCAGAAAGAUAAAUUGCAGAAACGCAAUUUAUAGUUUUCUGAAAGUAUGUUAAUUUCAGGAGAUAAUGUGUGAGUCUUUGACAGUAAACUGUACGUCCCAACCUUUCAGUUUUAGGAAAAUAACCUUUAAUGUUCCGAUAUCGAACCUUUGCGUUCCAGAAAAGCAACCUUUCUGUUUCAGAAAGGCAACGUGUACGUUCCAGGAACAUCCUAUAAGCUUCAGAAAAGUGACCUGUAUGUUUGAGGAUGGGAAACUGUAGGUUCCAGUAAAGUUUCAAAAAUGUAGCUUGUUGGUUUCAGGCAAGUAAAUUCAAGUUCAAGGAAAAUAACCUGUGAGCUCCUGGAUAGUAACCUUCUAGUUACAGAUAAAUUACCUGUAAGUUCCAGAAGAGUAACAUUUAGUUAGUUCCAGGAAUGUAACCUGCAAGUUUCAGGUAACUUAAAUAAACUGUGAAUUUUAGAAAAGCAACCUGCAUGGAGCAGGAAGCUAAACUGAAAUAGUGUAACUAUUGGUAACAAUUCAAGAAAUAAACCAGUUGGUUUCAGUAAAAUAACCUGUACAAAUUUUAAGUUUUAAGGAAUGUAUUUUUUGUAACAUUUUAAUCCAGGUUAAUGUUUUUUUUAACCUGGAUAGGCAAUUUUCUGAAAAUGCCUCUGCAAUUUUUCCACUGGAAGUUUUGCGUUACCUCAUGUGUUACCCUACUGCUGCAAAGGAAGAUACAGUCCUGUGAAGAUGUUUGUGCCAGU